CGGGUUCUUUCCUUAGCUCUCUUCUCUCUCUCUCUCUAUCUUCUAUAUUUUGGUAUGCUUGUAACUUUGAUAUUUGAAUAAGAAAAGCUUGUUUCAGUAAGUUCUUCCUCUGAUUUCUCUUCUCUUCAUUUACUCUUCAUUAUUAUGAACUGCUUGCAAAACUUAUUAUGAACUGCGAGCAAAAACUAAAUACGGAACGUAAUUUUCCGUAUUCUAUUAAAGGGGGCUUUCCAGUAAUUUCCCUACUUUAAGUGGGGCGCGGAGCCCCAUAGGGGGGCCAAACCCAAUUCCCACGUUCUGGCUACGGCUACCUAGCAGCUCGCUGUCCUUGUUGCUCGGCCAUACCACCAUCUCCGCCGGCGAGCGCUGUGUCUUCUGGACACCUCCGGCGAGGGCGAUGGUCGGGUCCACGGUUGCUUCAAACCCUACCAAAACCCUCCACAGCAGAAUCUCACACAGCAACAGCAACCUGAAAUCCCCAACACCAACCAGAAUCGCUAUGAACCCGAUCAAGUUCCGAAGCCCAAAAAUUCGCGCUUCCUUGGCGGAAGCUCUCCUGAACGGCACUGGCACUCGUAAAGAAGAAGUUCUCGAUGCCAUAAGAGCAACCUCCGCCGCCUCUAACUGCCUCUCCGAAACUAACCUCCACUUGACAGUUCCUGGUCUCAACUCCAAAACCCGUGGGCAGGUUCGGGAUAUUUAUGAUAGCGGCGACUACCUUAUUUUAGUCACCACGGAUCGCCAGAGUGCCUUUGAUAGGGUUCUUGCUUCCAUUCCUUUCAAGGGCCAGGUUCUUAACCAGACAAGUUUAUGGUGGUUUGAAAGAACUAGGCACAUAGUUUCUAACGCUGUGGUAUCAGCUCCAGAUAAAAAUGUUACAAUAGCAAAGAAAUGUUCAGUUUUCCCAAUUGAGUUUGUUGCUAGAGGGUUUGUCACUGGAAGUACGAGUACAUCUUUAUGGACAGUCUACAAUAACGGCAUUCGUAACUAUUGUGGAAAUGUCCUCCCAGAUGGAAUGGUAAAAAAUGAGAAGUUACCUAAAACUAUACUCACUCCAACUACCAAGGCUGCAGAUCAUGAUGUUCCUGUCACUCCAGAUGAGAUUAUAGAAAUGGGACUGAUGACUCAAGCUGAUUAUGCAGAAGCUAGUGAAAAAGCAUUGAGCUUGUUUGAGUAUGGGCAGCAAGUGGCUUUGGAACAUGGCCUCAUAUUGGUAGAUACUAAGUAUGAAUUUGGCAAGGCAGAUGAUGGUUCAAUUCUGUUGAUUGAUGAGGUCCAUACUCCUGAUUCAAGUAGAUAUUGGAUUGCCAGUUCCUACUUGGAGCGCUUUCAAAAUGGUCUUGAGCCUGAAAAUGUUGAUAAGGAGUUCUUGAGGCUGUGGUUCAAAAGUCACUACAACCCCUAUGAAGAUGAGGUCCUUCCUGAUGCUCCUGAAGAUCUUGUUUUAGAGUUGGCUUGGCGAUAUAUUUUCUUGUAUGAGACCAUUACAAAAUCCAAGUUUGAGGUGCUAUUGACUGAGGAGCCAAUUCAUGAGCGAAUUUCACGAAAUGUUGCAAAUGCACUGUCGUCCUUAUAGUAACCCUGGAAUAUUAGGGGCCAUCUUAGCUCUGUAGUUUAAUGAUCUAGCUCAUACUAAAAAAUACAUUAAAAACAUCAAAUUAACGGAGAACUACCAAGAAGUUUUUAUUUCUCUAAAUAAACAGAAAGGCAGAACAAGCUUUCAUGCUCUUCCAGAUAAAGCUUGUUUCUAGAUUGUCAUGAAAAUAGUUCAGAAAUUUGACACCUUGUGACUUUUUCUCUUUCUUCUUUUGCCCCAAGAACAAAGAGCUGUUUUUGAAGGCAGAACCAAAUGUGUCCUUUGCCUUGUAUUUUUUUCCCUUGUGACAGUACUUUUGGAUUUAUCAGCCAUCCAGCCAGAAAGAAGACAGGGAGCCAUUUAGAAAAAGUUGCUCGUACAUUUUUUUUGUUAGUGGUUUCAGUUAUUCUAUUAUAACUUUUAUAUUAUGAUAACUAAACUUCAAUCUGUGAUGGUACCUUGAAAAGUUA